CCUGCGGGCUCCGAGGGAGCCGCUCCCAGCCGCGCCGGGUGGCGGGAGCGGACGGAGGCCGGCGCUGCCCGUUAGCAGCCGCGGCAGCAGGAGCCUCCUAAUUACUCACCACGCUAAUUGCCCAGCACUGAACUUCGGGAGCGGGUCCGAAGAGGAGCUCCUAGGCGCAGAGGAGGCAAGAGGUGUCUGGGGCCGGGCCCCGCCAGGGUUAAGUGCCCGCCCGUUCCCGGCUGGCGGCCAGCUCGUCUUCCGAGGGAGGCCCGGAGUCACCGCCGGGGGAUCGGGAGGUGCGCCCGGACCACACCGGACCCCCUCCCCCACCGCCGCCUCUAGGAGGCGCAGAAAGUGGGGGCGCCAGUCUGGCGCGGGGGGGCGGGCGCGGAGAGCCAGAGGGGCUGCGGGGACACCGAGAUGGCCGAUGAGAUCGACUGGCUGGACCUGCCAGGCCGAUGGACCUACGGAGUGGACCGCGGCGGGAGAAUCUUCUUCGUCAAUGAUGAGGAGAAGUCAACCAGCUGGGUGCACCCUGGUACGGACUCAUCCAUCCAGAGUGGACAUUCCUCCAGCCCAGAUUUGCCUAAGGGCUGGGAGAUGGACUGUACCCCAGAGGGAGCUGUAUACUUCAUCAACCACAAUGAACGACGCAACACAUUUCGACACCCAGUGACUGGCCAGAUCCCAGAAGAGAACAAAAAGUUUGACUUGAAACCAUCGACCUUGGACAUGUCCAACAAAUCAGGUGGGAAACGGUCUGCUACCAUCAACAGCGACAUAGCCAACCACAACAUGGUGUCAGAGGUCCCUCCCGAGCGGCCCAACAUCCGGGCAACCCGAACUUCCCGAAAAGCCAUUGCCUUCGGUAAACGCUCACACUCCAUGAAGCGGAACCCCAGUGCACCUGUCACCAAGGCAGGCUGGCUCUUCAAACAGGCCAGCUCCGGGGUAAAGCAGUGGAACAAACGCUGGUUUGUCCUGGUGGACCGCUGCCUCUUUUACUACAAAGAUGAGAAGGAGGAGAGCAUCCUGGGCAGCAUCCCCCUGUUGAGCUUCCGGGUGGCAGCUGUGCAGCCUUCAGACAACAUCAGCCGGAAGCACACAUUUAAGGCCGAGCACGCUGGAGUCCGUACCUACUUCUUUAGUGCCGAGAGCCCUGAUGAACAGGAGGCCUGGAUCCAGGCCAUGGGCGAGGCUGCUCGGGUACAGAUCCCUCCAGCCCAGAAGUCGGUUCCUCAGCCUGUGCGGCACGGCCUCGAGAAGCCAGACUCAGAGAACAUCCCACCCAGCAAACACCAUCAGCAGCCGCUUCACAACAAUCUCACCAAGCCAGAGCCAGAGGCCAAGACUCGAGGGGAGGGCGACGGCAGAGGCUGUGAGAAGGCAGAGCGAAGGCCCGAGAGGCCCGACGUCAAGAAAGAGCCUUUAGUGAAAGCCAAUGGCCUCCCUUCUGGACCUGAAACAGCCUCUUCCGAGCCAGGGAGCCCUUACCCUGAUGGUCCAAGGGUCCCAGGAGGCGGGGAGCUGCCCACCCAGCCCAAUGGCUGGCAGUAUAGCUCGCCGAGCCGACCAGGGAGCACCGCUUUCCCACCUCAUGAUGGUGACACUGGGGGACACCGGCGGAGCUUUCCGCCACCGCGCACCGACCCUGACAAAAUUGCCCAGCGCAAAAGCUCUAUGAACCAGCUUCAGCAGUGGGUGAACCUGCGCCGAGGGGCACCCCCACCUGAAGACCUUCGGAGCCCUUCAAGGUUCUACCCUGUGUCCCGCAGGGUCCCCGAGUAUUACAGCCCUUACUCCUCCCAGUACCCUGACGAUUACCAGUACUACCCGCCCGGGGUGCGGCCAGACAGCAUCUGCUCCAUGCCAGCCUACGAUAGGAUUAGUCCGCCCUGGGCCCUGGAGGACAAGCGGCACUCCUUCCGUAAUGGGGGUGGGCCCGCUUACCAGCUCCAGGAAUGGAAGGAGCCCACCGGCUACGGGCGGCAGGAUGGCACUGUCUGGAUCCCUAGCCCCUCCCGACAGCCAGUCUAUUACGAUGAGCUGGACGCUGCCUCUGGCUCCCUGCGCCGCCUGUCCUUGCAGCCCCGUUCCCACUCUGUGCCCCGCUCACCCAGCCAGGGCUCCUACAGUCGUGCCCGUAUCUACUCCCCUGUGCGCUCGCCUAGUGCCCGCUUUGACCGGCUGCCACCUCGCAGUGAGGACAUCUAUGCAGACCCUGCUGCCUAUGUGAUGAGGCGAUCCAUCAGUUCCCCAAAGUAUGAUUACCUGGGAGACAGGCGGCCAGUCCCCGCAGGACUGUUCCCCUACAACUACCCACCAUCCCCCACGGUCCACGAUAAGAUGGAUGAACUUUUAGAUCUUCAGUUGCAAAGAAACCUAGAGUAUUUGGAUCAGCAGAUGAGUGAGAGCGAGACUCUCAUCAGUAUGGUGAACCGAAUGGUGGAGAACUCCUCCCCUAGGGCCCAACUCUUCAUGCAAGUCCCUGCAUACCCAGAGGUGUUCCGGGAUGGCCUCCACACCUUCAAGCUAAACGAGCAAGACACGGAUAAGCUGCUGGGCAAGCUGUGUGAACAGAACAAGGUGGUGAGAGAGCAGGACCGGCUGGUGCAGCAGUUGAGAGCGGAGAAGGAGAGCCUGGAAAGUGCCUUGAUGGGGACCCACCAGGAGCUGGAGAUGUUUGGCAGCCAGCCUGCCUACCCAGAGAAACUGCUGCACAAAAAGGAGUCUCUGCAGAACCAGCUCAUCAACAUCCGGGUGGAGCUGUCACAGGCGACCACGGCGCUGACCAACAGCACAGUGGUGUAUGAGAACCUCGAGUCUGAGGUCUCUGCCCUGCACGACGACCUCUGGGAACAACUCAACUUGGAUAUCCAGAAUGAGGCGCUCAAUCGGCAAAUUCAGAAGGAGAUCUGGAGGAUCCAGGAUGUGAUGGAAGGGCUGAGGAAGAACAAUCCCUCUCGGGGCACUGACACAGCCAAGCACAGAGGAGGCCUCGGUACCUCAGCCACCUACAGCUCCAACAGCCCAGCCAGCCCUCUCAGCUCUGCCAGCCUUACCAGUCCCCUGAGCCCCUUUUCAAUGGUGUCUGGGUCUCAGGGCUCUCCGACCAAGCCAGGGUCCAGUGAGGAACCUGGCCCACCUCGGCCGCCCCUCCCAAAAGCCUACGUCCCCCUGGAAUCUCCUCCCACCGUCCCUCCACUCCCCAAUGAGAGCCGCUUCUGGCCAUACCCCAACUCCCCUUCCUGGCAUCACAGUGGCGAGACAGCCAGGGGUCAGCCCCAAACAGGCUUUGAGCCAAGCAAGAAAGACCUCGACCAGACAUCACCCCGGCAUUCCCCUAGAGACGUUAGUCUUGUGCCCAGCAGACAAGAGCUGGAGGCAGAGAAGCAGGCAGCUCUCAACAAAGUUGGCAUUGUGCCCCCUCGAACAAAAUCUCCUGCCGAGGAAGAGAUGACCCCGUCAGCAGUGGUGAGGAGGACCACCAAUGGCCUCACCAAUGGCCUCUCCUCACGGCAGGAGCGCCCCAAGAGUGCUGUGUUCUCCGGAGAGGGCAAGGUGAAGAUGAGUGUGGAGGAGCAGAUCGACCGGAUGAGGCGCCAUCAGAGCGGCUCCAUGAAGGAGAAGCGGAGGAGCCUGCAGCUCCCAGCCAGCCCAGCCCCUGAACCUAGCACCCGGCCCACCUACAAAGUGGUGCGCCGUCACCGCAGCAUCCACGAAGUGGACAUCUCCAACCUGGAGGCAGCCCUGAGGGCAGAGGAACCUGGCGGCCAGGCGUAUGAGACACCGCGAGAAGAAAUCGCCCGGCUUCGCAAAAUGGAACUGGAGCCCCAACACUACGAUGUUGACAUCAAUAAGGAGCUCUCCACUCCAGACAAAGUCCUCAUUCCUGAACGAUACAUUGAUCUGGAACCCGAUGCCCCCUUGAGCCCCGAGGAGUUGAAGGAGAAGCAGAAGAAAGUAGAGAGGAUCAAGACACUCAUUGCCAAAUCCAGUAUGCAGAACGUGGUGCCCAUCGGCGAGGGGGACUCUGUGGACGUGCCCCAGGACUCAGAGAGCCAGCUGCAGGAGCAGGAGAAGCGGAUUGAAAUCUCCUGUGCCCUGGCGACCGAGGCCUCCCGCAGGGGCCGCAUGCUGUCUGUGCAAUGUGCCACCCCAAGCCCUCCCACCUCCCCUGCUUCCCCGACUCCACCAGUCAACCCCCUAACGUCUGACAGCCCACGGGGCGCCGACAGCAGCCAUACCAUGCGGGUCUGAGCUCUGACUGCAAGCCCUGGCUGAGGCCAAUGCCGUGAAGCUCCACAGAGCCACCUUCUGAUAGCAUCCACUGCACACCGGGCAGGCUCCAGCUUCUCAUCCUGGCCUCCUGCCCUUGCACCCACCAUGGGAUGCCUCAGAGAGCCAGGCUGGGGACCAGGGCUGCUUCAGAAAGGAGCAUGGAUGCCUUCAAAUUCACAUCUGCUACCCUCGCCCUGAAGCCUGCACUGUCAUGCCAUGGUUCUAAGGCAAGACUGGGAUGUCAAGGCC